CGAGUAAAAACCAUCAUGCCUUUGACUUGGAGCGCCGCCACUCCAUUUCCACGUUUAACAGGCUUUAGAGUCAGAGUUCCCUAUUAUCCAUACACUUCAAGUCCAUCCCCAACGCCUUAUGCGCGAAUCUGUUUUGCGAAAAAUAAUAUUGUUAGCAUUAGUUUGAGAAUUGAUGAGUUUUGGAAUGUGGGUGAAUUUUGUCUUGUCACUUGUGGAUAAGGAGGUCUUUACCUUAGAUAACGUAGGUGCUUAGAAAUCGUUGUGUCGCCUCCUUCCCUUCCAAAGAAGUUUCUUACAAUUAUCAGAAAAAGAGAACAAGUGACAGUAAGAAGCAGCUGAUUGAUACCAUGGUGACGGUAACAAUUGCGGUAGCAAACCUCUGGAAAGGUGGUGCGGCGUUUGGCCAUUCGCUUCCUCAUGUCCGCAAUUUCCAGAUACCCACUUUUAUAUAUAAAAAUGCCAAGCAGCAGCAGCAUCCCAGGAUUAGGAUAUGGAUAUCAUCGCCAACCCUCCCAACCUUAUUUUCAACAAGUGCAAGUACAAGGAGCUCCUCAUUUUGUACCCACGUGUCUGCCUCUGAUGCUGCUGCUGCUGCCGUUGCUGGGGAUGAGCAGGCCCAGAUCAUGGAUGCGGCCAAUCUGCUUGACAUAAGGGUUGGGCGCAUCCUCAAGGCAUGGAGGCAUGCGGAGGCCGAUUCUCUUUACGUCGAAGAGGUUGAUGUCGGCGAGCCUGAGCCCAGACUCAUCUGCAGCGGCCUUGUCAAUUACAUUCCUCUCCACCACCUUCAGGAUGCAAAAGUCGUUGUCCUUGCUAAUCUGAAGCCGAGGAACAUGCGCGGUGUGAAGUCAUGCGGAAUGCUUAUGGCUGCUUCUGAUCCUUCACAUGAGAAUGUUGAGCCUCUUGUACCUCCUGAGGGUUCAUUUCCUGGUGAAAGGAUAUGGUUUGGCUCAGAACAUGAUAAAGAAAAUCUACCUCCUCCUGCCUCACCAAACCAGAUUCAAAAGAAAAAGAUCUGGGAGCUCGUGCAACCUCACCUGAAGACGGAUGAUUGUUGUCUUGCUGUGCUUGGGGAACAUGUAAUGCGUACAUCUGCAGGUGUGGUGCUGUGCAAGUCUUUGAAGAACGGAAAUAUCUCAUAAUAUAAGUGGGAACUUCAUGCCGCAAAGCUUACACAGUCACUCGAUGCCUAUUUCUCAUUACGGCCAUCUCUUUUUAUUGACUGAUGUUUGGAAAGAUGGUGUCACGUAUAGUAUAUGUUUCUUCAAUUACUUUGAGUUGAGAUUUUGCCAGUUAUUUUUCAUGUCCUUAACGUUGAGUAGUGGUUGUAUUUGGUAGUUGGAGUCAAAUCAGAGAGUAAUAUUUUCGGCCAUACCUGAUACAUCCUACUGCUAUCAUCCAUGUCUAAGUUAGACAGCAUGGAAAGUCCCUUUUAAAACUCUUUUUUAUAAAGCUUUAUAUUGUGUUUAAUAUCUCUUGCUUAGAGAAGCUAUCUCGCCUCAUAUCAAGAAAGGCAGUGGGCCUCUGUUUUUGGUUCAUCCUUUGAAACCCGAAACAGUGUAAUAUCACAUGAUCGAUUGAUAAUAUUACAUAAGAAGUUCAAUUGA